AUGGAAGGACCAACCCCAGAGCCAGUCUUUGUCGACGUGGAUAAAGGGCUGACACUGGCAUGCUUCGUCUUCCUUUGCCUUUUCUUGAUUGUCAUGAUAAUCCGCUGUGCCAAAGUCAUCAUGGACCCUUACAGCGCCAUCCCGACAUCCACUUGGGAGGAGCAACACCUGGAUGACUGA